AUCUGUGCUCACCCCAUCCCUUUUAUCUGUGCUCACCCCAUCCCUUUUGCCUGUGCUCACCAAAUCCUCCAUAUCUACGUAAAAUCUUCGUACCCCUAGGCAAUUCUUUCAUGUCCCAUGAACUAACACCAAUGGACAACGAAAAGCAGAUUCAUGUGCGCAUCCAACAGAUAUACGGCAAAAAGAAGGUUACAACGAUAACAGGCAUAGAAGACGAGAUGAUAACGGAUAUUCUUAAGGAACUGAGACGUAAGCUGUCGUGUGGUGGUAACCUGUCCAAGGACAAGAAGGUCGUGCAGUUGCAGGGCGACUACUCGUUCAGUAUCGGGGAUGUGCUUGGGAGAAUGUUGGGUGAUGUUAAGAUUGUGGUACAUGGAAAGAAGUAAAAUAGGUUGGUGCUGUUUUAACAUUUGGUGCAUUAUUUACAUAUUUUAGGUUUUACGGUGUAUUUUGCUGCUGCUCAGCUCAGGGCUUGUGAGAAAUUGCGUGCAAUCAUUCUCCAGGGCCGGUGAUUUUUGCAUUCCUAAAAAUAUUUUCAUCUUCUCCAUGGUAAUUCAAUUUUAUGGAGCAAAUUUUUUACGGUAGGUUCUCUUCUUCAGACCUGUUGUGGUACGAAACGUGCCUGUAACAAAAGCACGAGGCAAUGAUGUAGAGUAAAAUGCGAUGUGGAAUAAAAUAUGAUUAAAA